UUUGCCACUUCACUUCAGACAAUUUCCUCUCCUGUAUCUAACACAAACACUUCUCCCUACCCCAACCCAUCUCUGCUUAGGAUGCGGCUGCCAUGGCAACUGCUGAGUCAUCCUCUCAGCUGACCUCUAAUUCCAUCUCCUGCACUGAGGCCCUCCAUUAUAUAGAUUCUCAUACAGGUUUGCUGCUUCAUUUGACGUCAUUUUACUGUUUCAUUUGGAGCUGGUGGUGCCGAUUUGUCUUCUGGAGAAGCGGACAACACGGUGGUGUCACCACAGGAUGAACAGCAGCCGUUUGGAUGGGUAACGUACCCACGACAGUGAAACACUGCCUGAGCUACCAGCAACUCAUCCGGGAAUUCCCAUGGCUGGAACGCUGGCUGGCAGAAGAGAAGAGUGUUGCAACACACGAGUAUCCAGAGUUUGUUAAAAUUGUGGAGGUCGGGCCAAGAGACGGACUACAAAAUGAAAAGGAAAUUGUUCCGACAGGAGUGAAAAUCCAGCUGAUAGACAUGCUCUCAGGAACAGGCCUGCCUGUGAUCGAGGCCACCAGUUUUGUCUCUUCAAAGUGGGUACCGCAGAUGGCAGACCACACUAAGGUACUCACAGGAAUCAACAGAGCUCCACAUGUUCGAUACCCAGUGCUGACACCAAACCUGCAGGGCUUCCAAGAUGCUCUUGCAGCUGGUGCCACUGAAGUAGCAGUGUUUGGAUCGGCAUCAGAAACCUUCAGUAAAAGAAAUAUCAACUGUUCUAUUGCUGAAAGCAUGCUGAGGUUUGAGGAAGUCAUUAUCGCAGCCAAAGAGAGACAAAUUCCGGUCCGAGGUUACGUUUCUUGUGCGCUCGGAUGCCCCCAUGAGGGACACAUUGAUCCCCCCAAAGUUGCAGAGGUGGCAAAGAGGUUGUAUGAAAUGGGCUGCUAUGAGAUUUCUCUUGGGGACACCAUUGGCGUUGGUACUCCUGGUUCAAUGAUGAAGAUGCUGCACAGUGUGAUGGACGAGGUGCCCAGCAGCACUUUAGCAGUUCACUGUCAUGACACAUACGGUCAAGCACUGCCCAACAUCCUCACUGCACUUCAGAUGGGGGUCUGUACAGUGGAUUCAGCGGUAGGCGGCCUUGGAGGUUGUCCGUACGCUCAGGGAUCAUCUGGCAAUGUUUCAACAGAGGAUGUGCUCUACAUGCUGCACGGCAUGGGCAUUGAGACAGGAGUCAACAUUGACAAAGUUAUCGAGGCCGGUGAUUUUAUCUGCAAUGCUUUGUGUCGUAAGACAAACUCCAAAGUUGCCCAGGCAAGAGGCAACACACUGUAACCAAAGUCUGUGAUGGGAAUCAUGGCCUCCGUCUGUUUAAGAGUGCUUCUCCUAGUGGUUCUGCAUAUUUGUUACCUGAAUGCUUUUGUAUUUGAUUCAGUACACAUUGCCAAAGUCAUAUGUUCA